AUGGGGCUAUGUAGAGCUUCUUUCACAAGCAGAGAUACACUAGGUUUAUAUGUUGUGCUUACAAUGUUUACCGGCUAUUUGGUUGGAUAUGCUGCAUUCAGAGCAUUGUUUGGCCACGGUCCUAUUAUGGUGACCUCCGGAGUGGCUAGUACUGCUGGGGGAAUCCUUGGGUUAGUUUGUGGCAUGCUUGUAGAAAUGCUUCUUUUUAUUGUUAGAACUUCCAGUCAAGAUUUGGGACCCAAGUCUUCUGCUUCCAAGCUAAAGAAGGAUCAAUAA